CAUUGAUCAUUCUCCUUAAAAUUAAGUCUUUAACUACUAUGUAAUAACAUUUCAUCAUUAGAUACAAUGCACUUAUUGUGUACAUACAUGUUUUUACAUUGUACUUAAUGCAUGUAAUUACAGAUAUAAUUAAUGUCUGUAAUUACAUUCAUACUUAAAUUGUUGACGCUUCCCUUACACCUUAACCCACCCUUAAACCUACUCAUACCACCAAACCUCUCCUAAACUUACCCGUAUCCCACCUCAAUAGCAGCAAAAGUGUUUUUGUUGUUCUUUGUAUUUUCUUAUAAAGAAAAUGUUAACAAGAACAUGUCUCUUUUGGAAACUGCAUCUGUAAGAACACUUCGUAAAGCUUGUCCUUACUAACAAUGUUACAUAGUUUUGAGCUUUCUUCCAAGUAUGCUGACUGACAAACAUUGACAUUUGAUUGAGCCCAGUGCUCCGAUUAUCAUCAUGUUUUGUUCAUGUCCAUAUCUAAACGAAAUGACUACAAGAAAACAAGGCUCUUUUUGUCAUUGUUUUCUGCUUGAGUGCACUGGAUGAGCUUGAUGAAAAUGUACAGGAGGUUUGAGUGACAGGCUACUUGUCCUAAUGAAGCUCUGAAUGAUGUGUACUCAUCAACCUAUGCAAAACAUUAGAUGCAGACAAUUAUAUUUACUGUACAGUUAGUUAUUAUACUAUUCAGUAAACAAGGGUUAAAAUACUAUUUAGAGUACAAUUUUCCUUUAGCAUAUAUUAGCUUAUAUAAUGUGACAGAUACAUUUGCAUAUAUGCAUAAUUUAGUAUAAGCUACAGCUGUUCUUGAUUCAAAACAGUGGCAUAAAAAUAUUUUUGAGACAUCUUAUAGUUAUACUGAUUUAGGUCAGUAGGUUAACAGAAAAGCCAGUGAGCUUUUUGAUAUAUAAUCUGAUGAGCUUGUUGUUGUUUACCAUGUGUAGGGUGGAUACAAUCAUGAGCUUUUCCCCAAUGGGUUGUUGAACUGAAAGACAGAGGCAGUCAGGCGAAAGGAUUUAGCCACCUUUCCUAGCAGUGCCUACACCAGAUGUUUGUGAGAUUAUCCAUAUCCAUGCGUCAUCAAAGGCAAGCAUCUUUCAACUCAUUACUAGAGGGACGUAGGGGUGGAUGAGAUCAACCAAAACAGAUGAUUACUGUGGCAGCCAAUUUUUCCUGUAAUCUAGCUCAAAGAUCCUGUAUAAUACAGCUCCUUCAUUAUUAAAAGGCAUAACUAUUAAGAUUAUAAAAUAUUAAAAGAUUGGUUCACCCAAAUUAUGAAAUUAAUGUUUCAAGAUUCAUAAAUAACUCCGGUCGCAGAAGUUAACAGCUCAAUGGAUAGGAAGAUUAUCAAUAAAUAAUGACUUAUUCCUCAAAUUUGCUCCUUAAAUUAUUAUUAUUAUUAUUAUUUAUUUAUUUUUAUUUUUUGAAGAUUUGGAAUAUAGAGUCAUAAGGACCACUUACUUAAUGCUUUUGUGUCUCUUUUUGAGGCUUGUAAGCUCCAGUUGCCAUUGUAAUUGCAUGGAAAAGAGCAACCAGCACAGUCUUCAAAACAUCUUCUCUUGAGUUCCACAGAAGAAAGUAAGCCAUAAUAACAUGAAGGUGAGUAAAUGACAGAAUUUCCUUUCUAGAAAUAUUCCUUUAAGCUUCUCGAAGGAAAUGGGCUUUCUACCAUUAUAUUUUCUAUGUGAGAGAUCUGAUUAAUUUUAAAACAUUAGUUUUUCAUUCAGGAUCUCAAUUUUCUGUUCCAAGUCUUCUAUGAGUCAGUGUUCAAUCCCCCCACCCACCCCCCAUGCUGAGAGCAGAGACAAAUCUGCCAUCCCCUCAAAUAUGAUCCCUCAACAACAAACCACUGAGCAUGCUCAGUGGGGUCUGUGAUGCUGUUGCUAUAGGACUGUGGGGCUCAGAACCACUGUACAAGGGAGGAGGGAAGGUAUGAGGAACAGAUGAGCUGUGAGAAGUGCAGAGCAGAAAAGUGUGACUAAAGCGGAACUGCAAGAGGGACGUUACCCAUUUCCUAUCUUUUCAUUUUUUAUUUUUUAUUUUUCUUUCCUUAGUCUCUGCUGAGUGGAUGUAGAGCAUUAGGUUGUGAUCAUGCGGUGUGUUUGCUCCAGUUACUGUACAGACAGAAUGAGAGUGACUAUGUGCUGGCUCUCGGAUUGAUGGAGCUUUACGGCUGGAUUUUUGCUUGAAAGCACUGAAAAUGCAGACAUCUGAGGUUACAAGAGAUUCCUUUGAGAUGUGCAUUCACUGUGUUUGUCACUUAACCAGCCUGCUAUGCAAAGACUGAUGCUUUAAAGCGCUGGUGCUUAGAAAAUGGAUGUCUCCCCAAAGUCAGGAGAAACUCUGAUUGUGUGCCACAUCCAUGGCCACUCUGUUGGGUGGCACCUAUAUAACUCGGUACAGACAUCUAGGCAGCCACGCUCUCAGAAUUUAACCCACAGUAUAUCCCUACCUGAGAGAGGAGAUCUGCCGAGGGAAGCACUUGACUAUGGCAGUCUAAGCCACACAAGGAAGUCAAGUUCAACAGAAACAGCAGAAAAGAAGGUGACUGAAAAUUCUAGAGGCUAUGAAUCGUUCCCAGUGCUUUGUGUUUUGUCAGAGAACUCUCCAUCGUCCAGUCCUCAACUAAAUAAAGAGCCAUCCCAUUGCAGAAGUAAUGCCAGAUGGCAAAACCUCUUCAUCCCUGAAUCAGAAGUGAAUGAGGACGAAGAGGAUGAGGACUCGGAUGGAGACAACUUGCAUAAGUACCAUGAGGGGUCAUCCCUUCAACUACAAGGAAAUGUGACUCAGAGUAAUAUGAAUCCUUUUAGCCAAGCCAAAGAAAACAAAGAACAAGGGAGAGAGCUUGGAACAUGUUGCAGGGAUUGUGGGGAUAGCAAAGGAACCCCUGUUUUAAUGGAAUGUGAUGAACAGGAUUGGGGUGAUGAGGAAGAGUUUAGCAAGCAAACUCUUGAGGAACCUGGAAGCUGGGCUCCAACUGAAAAUCUUAUUGAAUCCUUUACUCAAAACCAAACAGACUAUAUCACUGACUCUUCCUGUAAUAGCUCAGAUGGAGUACUAGUUAACUUCAGUGCCAUAUACAACAAAACCAACAAUGCAGUUCCUGCAACUCCACUUAGCCUAGAUAGUCCUGUUCACGGAUCAGGUGCAAUGUUACAAGACAGUUCAAACCCUUUGCCUAGCUGGUCAUCUCACAGCACUGAUCCAAACUGCAACAUCUAUCCAUCCAACUCUGAUGGCUUCCCAUCAAUGGAAAUUUCUGACCUCACCAUGUGUCUGCAGAGUCAGGCACGUUUAGCAGGUUCCACCCAGAAUUACUAUAAACUAGUGACAUGUGACCUAUCAUCCCAGUCUUCACCCAGUCCACCCUGGUCCUCUUUGACCAGUUUCUCUGAGACUCAAAGCCAGGGAAGCUGUUCUCCACCUUCAGAAUAUUUCCUUUUUGGACAUUCAGCGGGAGAUGAAAGGAGGAAGCCACAGUUUGACCAAAGUGAACACCAGGGUGAUGAAGCGAAGAAUAAUAGACGAGCCGCUAAGGACCAAUCUAAGGAAACAAAAGAGACAAUGGCACACAUAAAAACUUGUCAAUCUGCUUCAAGAGAACAUGGUAGUUGUAAUUACACCAAGACUACUCAGUCUCAAAGCUGGACUGGCAGCCAGAAAUGUUCUACCUUAUUGAAGCUGGGAGCCCUACAAAACAGCUGUCCCAGCAAUUUAGACACAAACUUAUCUUCACCUCUGUCUAGGCAACAUGCCACCACUUUUGUAGAAAUUGUCCGAAGUAAGAAGGGAAAUGGAGAAUCAUCUAAGAGCAUAGAGGAUCCAUCAGGCUCACACUUCCUCCAUAAUCUCUCCUCCAUCCAGAAACAGGAUUAUUCAGAGAUGGCAGCAGAGUCACUGAGUACUGACAGCAGUAGUCAGUCCAAUCCAGAAGGUGCAUGUACUUCAUCCCCAGAAGUUGUGCGAUACACAAAAGCACAAAGGCCCACCUUUCUCCCCAUCCAGCCCUUUGUGCUUCAGGCACCCUCAGGAAAACAGAGCAAGACUCUUGGUUCUCUUCUCAAUCAGUACAUCAUCCACAAGUACAGCAAGCCUGGUCCAUCCAAAGCUACUUGCAAAAGCAAGGUACAUCCACUCCAUAUACAACCCUCACCUCUUGAGAGUUCCUCUAACAUUCACCUGGAGGCAGCAACCAGUUCAGACAGUUGUUCCACCUGCACAUCAAGUCCUAUUUUGCCCCAUAACCGCCCCCAUUGUACUCAGCCCAGCACAAUGUUAGGGCUCAUUCACCAGGACUUGAUGAACAGAACAGAAAUGAACAGAAAUUUGAGUCCAAAUAUGAGAUCAAGAAACCCUCAAAGCCCAGAGCAAACAGACGGGAGUCCAAAGGCCUGCUCAAGUCAAAGUCAAAAACAAUCUUGGUCUGGAAAACAAGCUUCUCAGAGUUGUCUUCCUGAGCAGGUUCCCCUUGUUCAGGAGACCACAGAUCCUCUGGAUGCAUCCCACCCUUUACAUCAAAGCUCCUCCCCUGCCAUUACCUCAGUCACCUCCUUGACAUCUAUCUCCUCCCUCAUCUCUCUACCCGGCACUGGACAGAAAUCCCUUUGGCCUUUUGAAACAGCAUCACAGGUCUGCACGAAUGAAGAACCCAAGACCAACACUCACUACAUCUUUGGGCCAAGGAGAUCACCUUGUGUUAUGAGGGAACGUCAACACAGUGACUCAUUCUCCAUGACUGACAGACCCCCUGAGGAGUUCUGCCUUUCCCCAGAAGCCCCUUCAGAUAUUCUUUCAAUUGAUCUUCUGCACAAGAGAAGUAUGUUGAAAGCUGUGAGUUUGGCAGUGGAUCUAAUAACAGCUCAUUUCAACUCAAGACAAGACCCAGGGGAAAAGAUCAGACUGGGAAACAGUUCACUGUGCACCACAAUCAGCCACCUUGUCCUUAAACAGCUCUACCCCGCAAUCCAGAACAUUCUUCAAGAUGGUUUGAAAGCAUAUAAAUUGGAUUUGAUUAUUGGAAAGCGACGCAACAAACUAUGGAACAUCGUAGAAGCCACGGCACAACCAGGCUCAUCUACCCGACUGCCUGACAGCUUGGUAUCUGUGGUAAAAAAAUGUUCCGAGUUAUCAAGUCGCAUGCGGCUCAGUGCCUUCAUCAUAGAUCUGCUAAACUUGCGUGCUAUGGAAUUCUGGAUCCAUCAUUUAUACACUUGCGUAGAUGUUGUAACGGAACACUAUCACCAAUGGGGUUUCUUGGCUCUGGCCCAGGGGCCAAUUUAUGGACCACUGUUCCAUGAGCUGCUUCUUUUGCUGCAGCCACUCUCCCUGGUGCCCUUUGACCUCCAUCUGCCACCUGAACAUAACCUUCAAAGUAGGGAAACUCAAAAGCACAGAGCACCUCUGCCUCAUCGGCUUCUUGCCCAGUCAGCUCAGUUUCUUCAGAUGAGCUCUAUCCAGAUGAACAGCAGAAGUUCAACAUGUCACAGUGAUGUUAGUAAAAGGGUAACUGAUGGAUUUGGAAUCAAUCAGACACCCACCUCAGAGAGUGGAACACAGAAGAAAGAAUAUGAAGGAAAUGAAAUGGAAAGUAUUGAGAUGCCACUAUCUUCAACAAGUUCUCUGGAGGACAAACACUUCAGUGAGCUGCGUUGGGCCAGACUCUUUGGCUCUGGAGUUGGAACCCCAGUUGGGCCACAGAAGGCGCAAAAGAGCAUUAGUGGAUCUCCGAGAAGUAGGCGGCCCUCAGAAUGGCUGAAGCUUGGUGCAUCAAAAGUGGAUCUGCUAGCACAGUCAGUGUGGACAAGGAAAUGGCCAGAGGCUCAUCUAAGUGUUAACCAUGACAGAGAACAGCAAAUAAAGAUGAAAUAUUAACUCUUAAGAACCUACAAGGAGUCUGAUUUCAGCUAGACAGAGUAGAAGCACAAUUAAUCCAAAAUAAAAAAUCACCUGAAUGACAUUUUAACCUUACACAGUGAACUGAUGCACUCUGUACAACCCAGUGCAAGCACACCAUAUCUGUUCCUGGACAGAAUGUUGCCAUAGUGAUUUACCAAUCAGGAGAAUUUGUAUUAUAACUUUGUCUUUAAAAGGUAUCAAAAUAUUCAGUAAGUUUUUUUUUUAGAUUAAAUUAAUAACACAAUCAAAGUAUUGUGCAGAGUAUAUAACAUGGACAUAUAUUGUCUGUCAGCAAUCAAGCACAAAACUGGAACUGAGGUCCCCAGAAGUCUUUUCCAACCAAUCCCUGCACUUUAUCCCUGUCUCAGGUCUUUAGCUGUCAUGUCAUCUAGUCAUAUCAUUUCUGUUGCUGUUCAACUAUGUGGCUUUAUAAAAAAAAGUACAUUUCCUCAUACCUAUCAUUCCUAUUCAAAAUAGUUUCUAUUUCUAGCGAUUUCCAUGCAUGAUAGCAUAAAUGUAUACACAUGAAAAAACUAAUACUGUAGUUUUCCUUUUUCGUAUUCAGUGAAUUACAACUGCUGGUUUUAUUGCAUUUUUUUUUGCACAAUGAAAUCUAUUUAAUAUAGCAAUUUUCUUUGAUAAAUAUGCAUGCUGAGUAGCUUUAUAUUACUUAUUUAUUACUUAACGGCAGGACUAGUUAAGUAGCGAUAUUUAUUGAUGACCACAUUUGCCCUGAUGUUAGAGAUGCAAAGAUGGACAAGAGCCCAUUAAGAGGACGGUUUGAUUAUGAGUGAGUUUUAACAGCAGUGUUUUUUCUAUUUCCUGAUAUUAAAAUUGUGCCUGAUUGGAACCUUGUGAUAAUAAAGAUUUGUUGAGUCAUUAA